AUGGGCUUAAUCAGUGUGAUAUUUCAUCAUGGGGGGAACUUUAUUCACGAGAAGCACACAUUUUACAAGGAAGGGAGUGAAACUAUUGUAAAAGGGCAAGAUCCUGACAAGUGGAGUUUUUUCGAGGCUGUUAGCUUAGUUAAAGAGUGGGGACAUAAUGGAUUUAAACUGUGGAGAAAGAUACUAGGAUUUGAUGAAGGGUUUGUUCAUUUCAUUGAUGAUCUUCAAGCUGUAGAGAAUGGCAUUGAAGAAAUGCUAAGCAAAGUGUUGAGGCCUAAUGUUAAUCAAUUCAGUGAAUGUAAUGAUGAUGUUAGAGGCAUAAGGUUUGAUGAUAGUGAAGAAGAAAGAACUUGUCACUAUUAA